AUGAGAUUAGUGAUGCUUCUUUUUUGUGAUCUUUGCGGUUUCGAAAUCUGGGUCAAUAAUGCGAGGACUUUAAGUGUUUUUAAGCACGAACAACAACAACGAAGGCAAUUGACGAUUAAAGAGAUGCCGACUAAAAGAUUUUCGUGUCAUAUGGAAUUGCGCAAGGAUUAUGCAAAAAAAGGAAUGUCAGCUUCACAAUGUGUUGUUAUGUUUUGGCACCGAUUUUGGUUCAACUUACAAAGGAAUUUGUUUACGUUUAAGUGA